AUGAACGUUUUAAUGAUAGAAAUAGUAGAGAAUAUUAUAAGAAAUGUAAACCUGAUAUACUUCUUUUUAGUUACAAAGAAUGAAAGCAAAGAAAAGAAUUGUAUGGAUACUACGUUGAUAUUGUUCCAAUUAUACAGACUGCUGAAGGAAAUAAACAGGAUUGCGACAAUUAUUAUAAUUACGUCAAAAACAAAGAAAGGCUAUAUGAUCAUUUUGAGGAACGUUGUCCUACAGAUUAUGCAAUUAACUGUCCAAGUUUCUUUGAGGAAUGAAAAGAGUACCAUCCAAAAAACUUGUUACCUAAACAAUCCUAAUAAUAGUACUCACACUGCUACGAAAUCUGGUAAUACACUAUUAGGAGUAGUGGUGACUUCUAUGACUUCUGGAGUUUUAUAUAAAGUAAAAAGAAUUUCUCUUAUACAUAUGUAUUAUUUUACACCUUUAGGAACAAUAUUACGCAAUGCAUUUAGAUGGAACAAUAAUAAUAUGAGUAAUAUAAAUGGAGGAUACAAUAGAGUAUAUGGUUAUCCAUCAGAAUCAUUUAAUCCAUAUUCAGGAGAGAAACAUUAUAUUGGAUACAUCCUGAUUAGUGUUUUUAAUUCAAAACUGUAG